CAUCGGCCUGUCCUCAUCCUCUCCUUCGCUCUCUUCCUCCUUCCCUGCGCGCUCUCCAUACUCGGUCUCCAUCUGUCUUCAUGGUUCUGAUCUCACCCCAUACCAUGCAAGCCACCCGGGCGUCCACCACCGUCAGUGUGUUUGCGGACUGCAGCAUCCCGGCCGGGCUCCGGAUUGGACCGGUACCGGGCAUCUUCAAACUCGGGAAGUACGUGUCGGACCGUAAGGAAGUAGGGCCAAAGAAAAAGAUCCGUUUGGUUAGGGGGGAAUUUGUAGAUGAGUCAGGAUGUCCAGUGCCAGACUGGAUCGGAUUCAUUCGCGCCGCAAGAAACAGCCAAGAGCAAAACCUGGAGGCUGUGUCGGACUUGCCUGGCGGACAGAUUUUCUACCGCGUGCUGAGAGAAAUCCCAGCAGGAGAGGAGCUCAGCGUCUGGUACUCCAACGCUCUGGCCCAGUGGUACGACAUCCCCACCACGGCCACUCCCACGCACGACGAGAAAGGUGAGGAGCGUUACAUCUGCUGGUACUGUUGGAGAAUAUUCAAAUACCCGAACACACUCAAGGCCCACGUUCACUUCCAUUGCGCACUGAGCAACGGGCGGGGGUUUGUGAGCAGCGAACAGGCCAGAGGCACGGAGACCUUCAGCAGGUCACCGAAAUCUGGAGACAUUCCCAACAACUCCGCCUCUCCGAGGAGCGGUCACAGUAACUCCUCCAUCUCAGACUCUGGCCGGCGGGCGGUGUCCUCGUCACCGUUUUUAAACAAAACAGGACUGUCAAAGAAAAGCAGCACCGAGGAGCAGGACAGGGCCCUCGACAUGAGCGUUACCUCCGCCAGAAACCAGGGGCAUCUCCUCAGCCUGGGCGCCACCACUUCAAUGCUAAGCAGCAUGGGCUUCCAUCCCGGUGUGCGCUCAGCUUUUAAACCAACUGGUGUCUCCAAAGUACCGGGAGGUGAGGGCUCCAGAGAGGAGGCAAACGGGAAGAUGAGCGGUAUGGGAUUCAGCAAACUCAUUGGGAACAUGAAACCAAUCCGCAACGUGGGCGAGGGCCUAAACGGAGGAGGGAGCCACCCUCCCAAGUGCCCACCUGCAAUUAUGGACUCCACAUCUCCGAUGGUACCGUGCACAAACGCAAUCCGGGGUUUCCCGUUGCUGUCUCACAUGGAAGAGACCUCAGCUUUUAAGCACGUAGAAAGCCGUUUACACUCCGGCCUCUCCCCGUCCCGUUACCCCCAAAUGCCCCCGGGACUCCAUUUUGAAAGAUUCUCUCUCCCUCACUUUGACGGUGUCAAGACUUACGGUGGAGACUGUAACAUCCCUCUGAUGCCCUUCACUGUCUAUAACGGGGAGCUUUUAUACAGCUCACCUUACUAUCCGCUGAAAUUCCACUUCAGCAACCUCCUCAAGUACCCAGAAUCUGUGUCAUACUUUGGUGCACCCUCGCUGAGCCACGACCUGGGCUCAAUCACAAACAUUGACCGGGAGAUCGCCAUGCACACGCAACAGCUGUCUGAAAUCGCAGCAGAGAAGAACCGGACAAGGCUGGAUUCCAUCCCCGCCGGAAGCGCCAGCAACACCACCACUGGCAAACCCAAAAAGGGACACCUGUGUCUUUACUGUGGGAAGCUGUACUCCAGGAAAUACGGCCUGAAAAUCCACAUGAGGACUCACACAGGUUACAAGCCCCUCAAGUGUAAGGUGUGCUUCAGGCCCUUCGGAGACCCCAGCAACCUAAACAAACAUAUCCGACUCCACGCGGAGGGAAACACACCCUACAGGUGCGACUUCUGUGGAAAGGUGCUGGUGCGGAGGCGGGACUUGGAGAGGCACGUCAAGUCCAGACACCCCGGACAAACCGUCAAAAAACUGGACGAAAAACCUGGCGGCCUGUUUGAGGACGCGGAGCAAAAGAGCGACAAUGACAGCGACGUGGACGUGUGCUUCACCGAUGACCAGAGCGACCAGGAGUCGAGCAAAAACAAUGACUGAGAUGCUUUCACGGCCACAGAAAGACUGGCAUUGUCUUUAAAUAUUGUACACAGGAACACAUGUCAUUUAGUCUUGUAUGAAGUCUUGCAUUUUUACAUUUUAGAUGCCUGGAAGGCGUGCGAACCACAAACGUAAUGAAAAUGUGUUUCUGAGUAAAGUUAUUCAGGACAUAUUUAGUUAGGCAGGUAGGCUAAAAUAUUCAGUGCUCUCCACAAGGACACGUUUCCCCGCUGCUUCGAACCCCCGAAAAAAACCUUUGAAAAAGAAAGAAAGAAAGAAAGAAAGAAAAGCAAACUCUGGUCUUUGCGUUUUUGCAACGUGCACCAAACUACAAUAAAAGUGAACGGUAAAGUUUGACAUUUCACAUUUUAUUUUAAUGCGAAUCAUCAUAAUUGUUUCCACAUUCCUUUUGAUGCAGGCUAAAACAAAUCUGCCAGCGUUUCAAAAAUACUGACACUUCAACAAAACCCAGAAGGCAGCAGCGCACUAAAGAAGAAAAACGAUCCAACCUCAGCUACAUUCUCAGUCACAAAAAAGUGGAAAAAACAGACAAGAAAAACAAAAACUGACAAGACUGAAUAUGGCACAAAAACACGUCUUCUUGAUCUGGUUUGCAGUGUAAAAACAAAUAACACGACUAUCUUUUGUAAUAUGCUUCCCUAACGAAUUCCCACGUUUGGAUCAGGUAAUUAACUAAAGGCCCAUCGAAAAAAGAAAAGAAAAAAAAAGAACACUAUAUUCAGUUAGACGGGAUAUGGACACAUUAUGGAAAAUUGGAACAUGAUUCUUGUUGUAUUUUCUUUUGUUUUGUACUGUGAAUAAGAUCCCCACACUCCCUCUAAACUGUCAGUUGCACUUUAAAACAGCAAUGGGCAUUACGUCUCCAUAAAACAGCUGCAAAAACUAUUAUUGUGGCUGCUGAUUAUUGAUUGAUUAUUGUAUCUAGCCCCCCCACCCCCACCACACACACACACACACACACACACACACACACACACACACACACACACACACGGGCGCGCCUCGCGCACUGUUCUUAAAUUUGCACUUUCUUGCCGAGGCGUGCUGUUUUCACAGAGGCACCCAACAGCGUCCAGUUUAUUUAAGGAGUUACGCCUAGAUAAAGAAUAUGUAUUGAUUGCAGUUAUAGCCUAUGUACAGAAGUUGUAAAAUAUGAUAUUUCAAAUUUCAGUGGAGAAGUGAUGUAUACUUUUUUUUUUAAAGUGAUAUUGUCCAUGAGGACAGCGUUUUACU